AUGGUGGUCGAAACGAGAGGAAGGGGUAAGAGGAAGGAUAAUCCAACGAAGGAAGAGGUUCGGAAAGUGAAGUUUGUAAAGACGGCCUCCGAUAAUAUUGAGAAGACGACGACGGGGAAUGUUGAAUCGACGGGAACGGCAAAGACGACGGAGAUUGUUGACUCGAGGGAGAAGACGAUGGAUGUCUCGACGGAGGUGACGACGGAUGUCUCGACGGAGAAGACGACGGAUGUCUCGGCGGAGAAGACGAGUGAGGACGCGAGGGAGAGUACGGCAGAGAUAACGGAGCCGAGUGAUGUGGCUUUAGAAACUGCUCCGGCGACAGUGAACAAAGGUCCUGCUGGCCCAUCUCCUCCAGCUCCUCCAGCAACUCCGGCGAUUGGGACUGAAUCUGAAGAAGAAGAGAAUGAGGAAACCCCUUCUUCUGGAGAUGAAGUGAAUCAGAAAGCCGGUUCUGGAGAGGAAGAGAAUGAUCAUGACGACCGUUCCGAUGGUUCUAGCCAGGAGAAUGAAGAUGCUGAAGAAGAACAAGAAGAAGCAGAUGAGAAGGAAGAGACUGAAGGUUCUGAAGAAGGAAAUGGUGACGGAGAAGGAAAUGAAGACGGAGAAGGAAAGGAUAAUGAUAAUGAAGGUUCUGAAAAAGAAAAUGACCGAGAAGAGUUAGCAAAUGGAGAUGACAAUGAGAAUCCACCUGAACCCGGGAAUCCACCUGAACCAGAGGUAACAAAUGUAACAAAUUUUCAAUUGAGUGUGUUAAUGCUAGUAAUACUAGGGGAAGUAUAGGAAUAACAUGUUAGUUUUGGUAGAGGUAAACUGAAAUUGUGUAAACGGAUAUAACUUGAAUAUAACUUGGAUAUAAGUUGGAUAUAACUAACUUGGAUAUAACUUUAGUAUGACUUGGAUAUAACUUUGGUAUAACGUGGUGAAUACUUUGGUAUAACUUGCAGGGUUUGAAUGGAAAUGUGGCAACCGAGGCAAUCAAACCAACCAGCAUGUUCUUCAAGCCAACCGAGUACAGAAAAAAAAAAAAAGCUAGGGACAAGGUGUAUGAUAGCUAGCGCGAUUAAGACGCUAAAAAAUCUGAAACCCAAGCUGUCUAACGCGGAGAUGAGCUGGUUCACGGAGCAUCCUCAAUUCAGACACAUUUUCCACAUGAAGAUAGAGACUAACCACAGGGUUCAGGGAAUGUGGAUGUUGUUGUUGCGUACUGCUGGUAGCGAGAAGCUGAGAGAAGUGUGGUUCAUUGUGAAUGGGGUUCCAAUCCGUUACGGGCUGAGGGAACAUGGUUUGAUAUAUGGGCUAUUCUGCCAGAACUAUCCUCUCGGCUACAAAGAGCUUGGUGGGACGAGGUUCGUUGAUCGUCAUUUCAAGGAAGGAGAACCGAGAAGGUUAUAGGAUGUUAGGAAGAAGUUGGUGAACAUGGGACCCCACAAAGACAGACUGAAGAUGGCGGUUCUAUUCUUCUUAGCUUCGGUUGUUUGUGCGCAAACGAAGGUUGGACACAAGGCUAAUGAUGUAUUGGAGGUGUUCCAGAGAGCAGUGGAUGAUCUUGAGUACUGCAAGUCCUUUCCGUGGGGAAGAUUUUCCUAUGAUUACAUGGUGAAGGAGAUCUCUCACACAAUGAAGCAUUUUGGAGGGGUGGUGAAAGAGAAAACAUUAUGGCCGCUACCAGGUUUCUGUGUUCCAUUAGAGCUUCUUGCAUUCGAGGCAAUUCCGAAGCUAGGAAUAGCGUUCAGAGAGCCUGUGGUUGGAGCUGGUCGCGACUGUCCGAGGAUGUGCAAGUCCUACUUUAAACGAAAUGGAAUGACAGGGGUGUCACUUUCUGUGAUAAACAAGGAACUGGGUAACACAACUGUAAGUCUUCCUGUGAACUGUGGUAGAACUAGGGUAGGAAUAAAGUGAAACUGUGGUAGAAGUAAGGUAGUACUAGAAAGGGAACUAGGGUAGGAAUAAAGUGAAACUGUGGUAGAAGUAAGGUAGUAACUUAUUUUCUUUUUAGACAUUAGAAAUUGCUAAGUUUUAAAUUUAUUUAUGUGUGUGAUAGGUUAUUGACAGCAUCAUCCCCACCAAAACUCCACGAGAAAAUAGCCUUUUGGAUGAGAUUAUGGAAGAUGAAGACGAUGUUGAUCAAUCUGAUAUAGCUGUGGACAGUUGGGAGAAGUGUCUGGAUGCAGGGCAGAAGGUUUUUUUUAAAGACAUGUUCGACGAAGAUGUAGCUGGGCGUGAAAAACAGCCAGAACCGAUUGAAGAUGCAACAAGGAUGGAGUACAGGUAGGUGAGCAGUCGAUUCAGCUGGGAGAUGUUAUGAAUAUGCUGAAAAAAACAAUGAAACUGAUGAGGAAAAUUGACAAGAAACUUGACCAGCUGGAUGGGAGAUUGGCCCCGCUUGAGGAGUUUGUCAAGGAAGCACAAGGCAAAGUAGUAGAGGUUGAAGAAGCAGAAUCACAAGGGAAAGACAAAAGAAAGAAAACCCAGAAGUCUGUGGGGAAAGGCAAAAAACAGAAAACCAAGUGAAGUCAAGUGGAGUUGAGUGAAACAAAGUCUCUGGAUGUUUUAUGUUAAUCGUUUUUUUUUUGUUAAAGACAAACGAAGUCUGAAUGUUUAUCUUGUUUGUGAUGUGGAUUUACAACUUUAACUAUGUUAUGACUAAGUUGUUAUGUCAUAUUAGUGUUGUAAUGUUGUUAUUAGAUUUGUCUCGUUUUAGGUGAAUGAUAAUUCUAUGACAUAUUACCAUUU